UAGUUUUGUUUUUUUCUAUUAAUUUAAACUUGGCUUAGCGAUAUGUUUAGUAAAAAGCAGUUUCUUUUUGUUGUAAUGUUACUGCAUCAUUGCUAAUAAUAUCACAGCUAAGCUACUGUUUAAUUAUUAAUGCAGAGAAUGGAGGCUUCAGCUCGAGCACAGACCUUUCUUCAGAAAAAGAAGAACGUCGGAAAGAAAAAGCAGCCCGUCUACAGUGGGGACAUAGUUUUCACCAAGAAUGGAUCCGUUCAGACCAUUCCCUCCCUCACCAAACGACUGAAAACCGUCACAGAUCCAGUUAUCGGUUUGCAGUAUGUAUGGGAGUAUCGCAGCCCCAGCAAGUCAGUACCUCCUCAUUACCAGUGUAGACUAUGUAAGGUGCAGCGGCUACAGAAUGAGAUGGCCGCUCAUAUUACUGGAUGGAAGCAUUGCUUCAGAUACAUGAAACACGCUCACCCAGAAAAAAUGCCUCAUGAAGAAGAGGAAGUAACAAAGAAUCCAGCUGUCAAAAAGGAAAUAAGAGUGACUGCUGCUGAGGUGGAGAAGACUGAGGGCAGAGGUCAAGUCAAGGUUGUCAUUAGGGAACCUGCUGAUGUGCCAGUCUUUCAGAAUAUGAAGUCUGCAUUUCCCACUGUAAUGGGACCAGGUCCUACAAGUCUGCUUGGACCAAUUCCUGGAGGGUUUCACCCAGGUGGACCUUUUGGUGGUGGUUUUUUGGACCCACCCUUUGCAGAGGAGUUCCCACCUCGGGGUGGCAUGAUGUCUGAUUUUCAUGGCGGCUCAGGUGAUGCCCCCAUGAGGAGCCCUGACUGCUACGGACCAGACAGAAUGAUGGGAGGUCCUGAAAGCAUGCAGCAUUUACCCAACAGCAGAUCUAUGCACAUGGGCUCAGAUGGAUUUGGAAUGGGUCUACGAAGCGAGGAAAUGGGCAGACCUUACCCUGAUGAUCUGCCAAUGAACAGCAGCGAGAGAAUGAUGAGAUCUAAAGGCCCAGAGUCCAACAGCACCCUCGCAACACUUCUCAGAUGUCUGGACACAUUCCGCAUUGAGUGUGAAGAUGAUGCUCAGAUCGUGCUGAAGAUCACACAGAAGCUCACGGAUGUCUUGAUGGAAUACCGCCUCAGGACUAUCUCCUCGGGACCUAGUAUGAAUUCUUCCCGCCUGCCACUGAGCUCCGACAGAUUCUCCGGCAGUAUGUCAGGCCCUUCAAGAUUCUAUAACUGAGAAGCCCAUGUGUUCCUGUCCAUUUUAGUCUUAAUGUGGCAACUGUUUUAAUGUACUUCUCUGUAUGAAGCUUUUUCAUUUAAUAUUUUAAAUUGAAGACUAGAUCACUUGCUCUGUGCAGGACAUGUUUAAAAUACAUCAGGAUUGGUCUGACUUUAGUGAUUUGUUAAUCCUAAUGAUUGGUGCAUUUAGAGUGCUGGAAAUGUUUUGUACACUGAUUUCAAUAAAAAGUUUAAACAA